AUGUCUUCUCUUUCAUCAAAGAAUGGCAACUCAUCCUUCAAGACUUACCAGAAUCAUCUAUCAGAACUGCAUAUUUGUCCAUAUCUAUCUAUCUAUCUAUCUAUCUAUCUAUCUAUCUAUCUAUCUGUUGUAAUGCCCGUUUCCUAUUUGUCCAUAUCUAUCUAUCUAUCUAUCUAUCUAUCUAUCUAUCUGCUGCAUAGGCCUAUUUUUUCAUAUCUAUCUAUCUAUCUAUCUAUCUAUCUAUCUAUCUAUCUAUCUAUCUAUCUAUCUAUCUAUCUCAGUCUGUUCAUAUCUAUCUAUCUAUCUAUCUAUCUAUCUAUCUAUCUAUCUCAUUCUGAUUACUAUCCAUCUAUUGCAGAUGGUUGUGGCCAUAUCGUAAAAGUGAGUUCGACCCUCACUGGGUGCAAUACUUGCAGUAGAACCAUAUCUAUCUAUCUAUCUAUCUAUCUAUCUAUCUAUCUAUCUAUCUAUCUAUCUGUUGUGGUAUACCCUCCUACAGUAUAA